AUGAGGGAAGGCGCGGAGAACGGCGGCGGCGGCGGCGGCAGCGGCGAUCAGACGCUCACCCGACUACUACACGCGUGCGAUUUAUCAGGUUAUGAGGCCGAUUUACGCAAAAAGCUCAAACUCCGCAAUGCUGGCGAUUUGCAAUACGUUGAAGAGGUCGACCUUUCCUCAAUCGGAAUGAGUCGACCCGAGCAGAAGCGGCUACGCAAAGAAUACACGAAAAUGUUUCCAAGCGGGAUUUUCGGCAAAGUGCGAAAAGUGUUCAAAAGGUCCGAGAGUAAUGAUAGGAAGAAUUCGGCGAAUUCCGGAUGCCGUGAGGAUGAUGAGCAGCAUGUGAUACCGUUGGAGAAAAUCGCAUUAUGCAAAGAGCUCGGCCACGGCGAAUUCGGUGCGGUUUGGCAAGCGUCGUGGCGAAACGGCGGCAACGAUGUGACGCAGGUGGCGGUGAAAUGUGUCGAAUCGAGCAAACUGCUCGCCUCAUCGACGAGUUUCCUUCAAGAAGCGGCGAUAAUGACGAAAAUGCGGCACGAGCACGUUGUGCGGCUCUACGGCGUCGUGUUGGACACGAAAAAAAUCAUGAUGGUGUCCGAAUUGGCGACGUGCGGCUCAUUAUUGGAAUGCCUUCAUAAGCCGGCACUUCGCGAUUCGUUUCCGGUUCACGUGUUGUGCGAAUAUGCCGAGCAAAUCGCAUUGGGAAUGGCUUAUUUGGAAUCGCAACGAUUGAUUCAUCGCGAUCUGGCGGCGAGAAAUGUGCUCGUUUUCAGCCCGAAAUUGGUGAAAAUAUCGGAUUUCGGCCUGUCGAGAAGUCUUGGCGUCGGCGAGGAUUAUUAUCGAAGCGAGUUCACGCCGAAUUUGAAGUUGCCGAUCGCGUGGUGCGCGCCGGAAUGCAUCAAUUUCCUCAAGUUCACAUCGAAAUCGGAUGUUUGGGCGUAUGGUGUCACUCUGUGGGAGAUGUUCUCGUAUGGCGAAAUGCCGUGGAAAUCGAAAAGCGGCGCUCAGAUUCUUGAGCUCAUUGAUCGAAAAAAGGAACUCCUUCCGAGACCGACGGCUUGUCCGGAAGACAUGUACGAUAUGAUGGUUGAAACUUGGACGCAUCAAUAUCAGGAUCGGCCGACGUUCGCCGAAAUUGUUGAGAAGUUCCCGGAGCGGCGAGCGCAAUCCGUGCGCGCCAUCGUCGAUUGCCGCGACGCCGCCGAUGAUCAUUUGCACUUCAAAAAGGAUGAUCUGAUUGUGGUGAUCAGUCGCUCGCCGCCGGCCUACCCGGAUGGCUACUAUUGGUUCGGUUCGCUGCGAAAUGGCAAACUCGGACUAUUUCGGCCGACGGACACGGUGGCGCAUUUGGGCUCGGAGCCGCCGUGCAGCAACGGCGCGUUCGAGGGCAUCGUCGAGAAGAAGGAGGAGAAGGCGAAGAAGGGCAAAAAGGAUAAAGACGGGGAGCGCGAGAGGAAGAAGCUGAUGAUUAGCGAGCCCGUCGGCGAUGUUCGCCACACUUGUCACGUUGGAAUCGACGGCACCGCGUUCGGGCUUCUCCAACUCGACAAGAAGGCGAUGUGUGCGACGUCGUCGUCGCCGUCGACGUCGCGAUUGUCGCAAACGUCGCCGGCGCCAUCGCAGACGUCGUCGUCGACGGCGUCAUCGGUGCACAUGAGGGACUCGGUGGCGCGGUACGGUGUGCCGUUGAAGGAGACGAUGUCGUUGAGAGACGUCGGACCAUUGAGCCGCGACGCCAUCAAAUUGCGCGACGCGAUCUCGCCGCCGCAAUCGCGAGCGCCGACGCACUCGAGGAACUCGUCGGGCUCGAUGAAUCAUGUGUCGUCCCUCAAUGGAUAUGAUCCAUUCAGCUCAUUGGAGCGAACGAGGCUCCGAGGAAGUGUCACGCCAACGGCUCCGCCCCUUACAGCAUCUGCGGCUAGUUCGCUGAAAAAUCCACUUCAAGGGAUCUCGCUGGCCAUCGGAGUCAAUGAUUAUAUAGAUGGUCCGAAGUCGCCGUCAACUCUAUCGACAUCGACAACGCUGACGAGUAUCUCGACGACGAGGGGACCGAUUCCGGCUCCGCGGGGACCAAUUGCGGCCGCGUUCAACUCGAAACUCACCAAAGAGGAUGCGGCUCUUUGCGAGGAGUUGGACCAUCUCAAUCGCGACUUGACCAACUACUCGUUGAGCACGAUUUCCGAUUUUUCCGAUGAGCGGCCACUUUUGGAUUCGUUCAAUCGGCAAGGGACGUCGAAAAUUCCAGUGGAAAGUAAAGAUGAAGCCCGGAUACGAUUUAUGACUAACGAUGAGAUAAAGAAGAUGAAUGAGAAAUCGGUGAAAGAGCAUCGAAAGACGGAGGAGAUGCUGAAAGAGGAGAGGAAUCGCGAGAGGAAGUUUGCGACGUUGAACGAGGCGCCGAAUGAGGAUGAGGAGAUCAAUCGGCAGAAGGAGCUCGAGCAGGAAUGGUCGGCGACGGCUCAGGAGGCGUACAAGUUGCUCGUCGAGUGUCGGACGAAUCUGAAGGAGUUGUCGCAAUCGCCGCCGUCGUCGAAGCCGAUGUCGCCGAUUGUCGAGCGUGUCUCGCCGGCGCCGCCGCGUCCGGCGACACCGCCGCUCGCCUCGCGCUCGCCGGACGCCAUCACAAUGCUUCGACGGCCGCCGUACGAAGCCGUCGAGCAGGUGACAAUUGAAGAGAACUCGCCGAAGCGUGUGCACAUCAUCGAGACGAAGCUCGUCGACGGUCCGGCGCGCGGUCUGAGUCCGGUGCCCGAUCACGUGCCGGCGUUCACGACGCCGAUGUCGUCGCGAAAACCGCCGCCGCCGCCGAUUCCGACGCCGGGACGGCCGCCGAAAACGCGACAAUUCCCGUUGGUGAUCGACGAGCGCAAUUUGGCGUACGACAAUUUGAACGGAUUCGGAGCCGGCGCGAAAGUGGGCCCUCCGGUGCCGCCGAAGCCCAAAGUUAGCUUCGCCGAUGAGACGGAGAAAGCGUCAAACUAA